AUGUUCCGGGGCCACCGCGCCUGGUUCUCGCAGAGCGUCAGCCCGGGACCACGGGAGCUGUGGGCGGCCGGCGGCGGGGUGCUCACCCACUGGCAGGACGCCGACUACCUCUUCAGCAGCGAUGCUGCCCACCCGGACACCCGCAGAAUACACAAGAGCCUCAAUUACUUGGAGGGCAGAGCUACGGUCUUUCACUCCCGUUACCUCUCUGCGUGGGCGAGCACUGAUGCGGGAGCAAAGCCGUCGGUGGCUCUGGGCCACUUUGUCCUGCCACCCGCCUGCCUGCAAGAAGAAAUCAGAAGGAAAAUCGGUCAUUUUAUUUGGGAGCAGGCGAAUGAUUCACCUGCAGAACAGCCCAAAGAAAAUCUGAUGAACGAGCCGGAGACAGCAAGAAAAGACUGUGAGGAAGAAGUGGAGGAGGAUGCGCUAGACCUGGCCGAAAGCAGCGAAGAAGAAACAGGCUCCAGAGCACCUGCCCAGGGAGAAUUUCCAUACCGUGCCCUCCAGGAAUACCCGAUGAACAACAUGGUGACAGGCUACGCCUCUGCUCGCGACAUGAAGAAAUACGUCGGAGAGCUCCACGAUUUCAUUCCCGGCACCUCGGGCUAUGCGGCGUAUUGGAUUCAGAAUGAAAUUAACAUUUACUCUGACGUGAAGACUAGAAUGAAGAGAAAAUUGUAAGUAACAGGUGGCUGUUCGCAUGAAAAACUUAAGUAAGAGCUGCCAGAGAGCUAUCGGUUGUGUUUGGAAAUUCAGUCCCGUAGUUAAGAUGCUGGGAUGCCUCCUUGCUCACUCUCUUCUGCAGAUUGAUGGUUAUUUUACCCGUCAGUCUGCGUUCUCCCUAUGUUUUAGUUAAACAGCGAAGAGUGGUGGUAUCGAGCUGCAAAUUCUGAGUUAGAUCUCCGUGGUACGCGGGGGAUUUAUAAAUUAUCCCUGCUUGGCUUAUCCUGACUACAGCUUAGCGCGUUCAAUGUAUAUUUAAAUAUCUGGCUACAUUUACUGUAAACAUUUUCUUCUUUAAAUAACUAUUUAAAACAAAUUUCGCAGCCAACUUAA